UUGGGCUAAUCCAACCCAUUCAAGUUUGUAUAAAAGCGAUAAUCAUAAUGUUGCUUUUCUAGUUCCUGGACCUUGAAACCUGUAAAGCCAUACCUGAGUGAGAAUGCCUCUUCCUUCUCUUCUAAACCCACAAACCCCCAAACUGUUGUACCCUCUCUGUCUCUCGACAGCUCUCAAGCUCCCAUCAAUCUCCACCCUCAAAUACCCAAGAAAAUUCUUCUCUCUUUCACCUUCUCUUCAAUCAUCUUUCCCUCUGCAAAACGAUGACCCUGAAGACCAUGUCAUUGGCGACUGCCUCGUCUUUGAAGAGGGCGUUUUCGAGGACCCAUAUCUGGAGACUAACCUUGAUGCUUUUCGUGAUGGUGAUUCUGGUUCAGAUUCAGACAAUUCCAGGAGAAAGCUCAAGCCCAAGAACAAGAAGAAAAAUGUAACGGAUAUCCAGACAGAGAACUUGGUUCCUGAUAAAUGGAGAGAAGUGCAAGCUGAGAUUAACAUUACGAAGAAAGAAAGGCGCAAGAUUGCUCAAGAAAUGGAGUUCAAUAGUCGAGUUGAAAAGAAGAAAAAGGGAUUGGUUCCUAUAAGGAGUGUCAAUUUGGAGGAGUAUAAAGCGUACAGAGAGGCUAAGUUGGCGCAAUUGAAGCCACUUGUUCUUGAUAAUCCUACCAAUAUCUCUGAGAAGGAGGAGGAAGAGGAGGAAGAGGAGGAGAAGGUGGGAAUGAGUGAGAUUAAUAGUGAGCGAGUGGCACCAAAGAAUCCGAGAUGGGCUGUUUAUGGGAAAGGUUUUGAUGAUGUUACAGAGUUCUUUAACAGCGGGAACUAUGAGCCUGGUGCUAAGAAAUCUGGAGCCCCUCGCAAGUUGUUUACAAAAGAGGAAAAGGUUUUGCUCAAUAAGAAGAUACCUGAUCUUGCUGCUGCUACCUCUACCAAAUGGCUACCUCUGCACACACUUGCUGCAUCAGGAGAAUUGUACCUUAUGGAUGCUUUGCUGAAACAUAAUGUUGAUAUCAAUGCUGUGAAUGUGGAUGGUUUGACUGCACUUCACAAAGCAAUAAUUUGUAAAAAGCAAGCUAUUACCAGCUAUCUUUUGAGAGAAUCGGCAAAUCCUUUUGUUCGAGAUUCAGAUGGAGCUACCUUGAUGCAUUAUGCUGUCCAAACGGCAUCUAGUCCUGCUAUUAAACUUCUUCUAUUGUAUAAUGUGGAUAUAAACCUUCAGGACAAUGAUGGAUGGACACCAUUACAUGUUGCCGUUCAGGCCCAAAGAACUGACAUAGUAAAGCUAUUAUUAAUUAAAGGAGCAGACAGGACAUUAAAAAACCAGGAUGGUUUAACCCCACUUGAUCUUUGCCUCUAUUUUGGUAGAGACACAAGGACUUACGGACUUAUCAAGCUGUUGAAGCAAUUCCCCUACAAUUCAACUGCACUGACAACAAAAAAGCCAUUUCAAUAAUGUUAUAGCCUUCCCAACUGCAUUGACAACGCCACAACAGAUUUUGCCAUCUUCUGGAACUGGAAGAACCUCAGCACAAUUGAAGAUGGUGAAACUCAAAUGUAGAUCUGGCCAUACGUGGAUUGCAGAACAUAGAUGUGAUUAGAGAAAGCAAAUAACACUGAGAAAUGAGAAGGUUGUGCUUUCCAAACUUGCAUGUUAUUGUAAAAUAGUUAGGUUGAGGAAUUUAAUUUUGUAAUUAUGAUACCAAAAUUAUGGUCAAUAUCAUAGUGAUUACGUAAUGACAUAAAUCAACCUUUUUUAAAACAA